AUGGAGAUAUUAUUUGCUCCUCCGAUGGAUUCAGUCAAGGAUGGCAAACUCAGUGUUGAAGGCUUCUCUGUAGCUGCUCGAGCUUUUGCCGAUAAAUGGAAAAGACAUAACCAAUCGUUACCUCCAUGGUCAUGGGUUCCUCUGAUCGAUCGAACGCUACUUGUUCCGAAUAAGGAGGAAGGUUACUUGUCGCUGGAGAAGAUCAUUCUCAGUUCACUUGAGGAACGCCCAUGCUCAGAGGAAGACGAAUCUCUAGAUGUAAAAAUUGAUUGCUCGGAAGACUUGGAAUCGAUUGAUCACGCGAUCUUGGUCCAAAACGUUGAAAAUGAAGCACACUAUUAUGAUUUCCAUGUGGUUUAUAGUGCAUCAUAUGGGGUUCCUGUGCUAUAUUUUCGCGGAUACUGCAGCGGUGGACAACCUCUUACUUUGGAUGUCAUAAAAGAAGAUCUGCCCUCAUGUUCUGUUAGUCUUUUGCUGGAAUCUAAGUGGACAUUUAUAACACAAGAGGAGCAUCCGUAUUUGAACAGGCCAUGGUUCAAGCUACAUCCCUGCGGGACUGAGGAAUGGAUCAAGCUGCUCUCCCAAAGCAGCAGCGGUGCUGCUUGUCAGAUGCCAGUUGAGUUGUACUUGGUUUCAUGGUUCUCUGUUGUCGGCCAGGUGGUUGGUCUUAGAAUCCCUCUCGAGAUGCUGAAUUUGAGAACUUCUGCAAUCCAACUACAGGAACAAGCGAUGUUUUCAGUCACCGGAAAAAAGCAAACAUGA